GUAAUUUUUUAGAAUUUAUAGUAUCAUGAACCUCCUAUUUGCAAUAUGAUCGACAAAUACAUAUUUGUUAUGAUUAUACCAUGUUGCGUGCCAGACAAAUAGUCUGUAGUAUCAAUCAUACAAUUUACAUCGUACAAUUUAAUUAUCAAUAUCAGGCAUUUAGGGACCAUGUUCGGUUUGUGUUAAGCUAAUUAAAUAAUACCAUUUUGUAACGUGUUUCUUUAUUUCAAACUCAAAAAUUAAGUAGAAAUUAUAUUUCAGACCGUUUGAUGAAACAAAUGUACAGUUAGCUAGAAAAGAGUAAAAGGUGCAAGGAAUUAUUUAACACCUUGCUGCUUCUUUCGCAGAUUCAAUUCAAUGUAGCCGCAAACUAGUUCAAAGUAGCAACAUUAAAAUCUCCAUGCUAGACUGAAAGGAAAUUUUUCUCAUGAAAGUGCAGCUGCAUGGACAAUGCAUUUCACUGAAAAUGCUGUUGCUAAAAUAGUAGAAAGCAUUUUUGAAUCAUCGCGUUCCAUGACAGAGGAAUGUGCAGCCCAUUAGAUUCUUUUUUCGUUUCCCUCGAUCGCUUUGUUUCCACAUGCAUUUGGACGAUUGCUUUCCACGUAUACGCGCGAUAUACGUAGUCGCGUAUUGUGCAACUGUAACGGUAAAGCGAUCCGUCAUUCAUUCUUACGGAAUAAUUAAAAAAGCAUAUUGUUGUAAGCAAUACGCGUAUGCGCACAGGUCGACGAAGAGUCCAGAAAGCAACGUAACAAAUUUUCUUUCGAUACAAUGUACACCGGUGAAAGGUGUCUAAUUUUCGCGAUAUAAUUAUUAAAACAGUACACGUUCUUUCACACGUUAAUUCAGCAUAGAAAUGAUGACCGUAUAACAUUUCAUCCUAUCUAGUUAUUUUUCUAUUACUCGUUGGAGUUUUUGAAAAUUAUUCAAAAUUUUUUUAAUGCACUGUAUUACCGACCAAUUACCGACCGGCGGUAAUCAAUACCAAUUUAUUUUUAUUUGAUUUAAAAAAAAUUAAUCAUCAAAAUGUCACGCUUGAUAAAGGGAUAUGUUUAAAAAAAAAAAUUUACAAUUUUAUUAUAUAUUUAUGUGUAAUUAUGAAAAAAGGUAGAAUUGUAUUUUGAAAUUACAUAAAUGUACCCAGAGUAACAUGUUACGUAGGCGCGUCUAAAAGGGACGAAUUCGAUGUUAUUUAUAGUGAAGAGUAUGUCAUAAAUGAAAGACAUGUUUUUCUUCUUAAAUUAAUUAGCGUUUCAAUCGUGUAAUGAAACGUAACAAGUGGGGGGAACUCUUUACAUACUCUUUGCGAAUAAACAAAUAUUUACUGUUUAACCAGCAAUCGAAAUUUUUCUGUUUGCCUUCAUAGAAGUGCUUUAUUUACUCCUAGAACUUUUUUAUUCGAUAUAGAUAAAAUUGUACGCGGAAGGAUCUACAAUGAAUACUGUUUUCAUUCGUUCAUCUCGUUCCCAUACGAUUCGAGACAAUUAUCAAACGAAUAUACUGUUUAUUAUUGAUUUGUUCACCUCUAUCAGCAUAUCUGAUAAGGUGACUAUAUAAUUCUUAUACUCGUUUUAUUUUGCAUUAUUAUUUUUUUUGUAUUAUAUUUUUUCCCGAAUUUCUUUUUUUUUUUUUACUGUAUUAUUCUGCUUUGCAUUAAUCUGCAUCAACGUGUUAACAAUUUUAGUUGAACAAUUGACUGCAUUAUACAGGGUGUCCCGUAACUAGUGGUACAAGCGAGUAGGGGGUGAUUCUACGUGAAAAAUUGAAUCGAAAAUGUAGAAUAACAUUUUUUCAUAUGACGCUUUAUUUUCGAAAAAAAUAAGUUUGAAAAUUUAUCGAGUACACGUGUACUUGAUUUAGCUUCAGUUCGCCGGAUUUUACUAUCUUACUGUUCCGAGUCAUAAAUUAGACGAAUUCUGGAAAUCUGUCCAUCGAUCCAUUGACAACGUUUACGAACAAGAAUGGAGGUGAUCUACAAUGAAAUCCGUCGAGGUGAAGCUGGUUCAAGUGCACGCGUACUCGACAAAUUUUCAAACUUAUUUUUUUCGAAAAUAAAGCGUCAUGUGAAAAAAUUUUAUUCUACAUUUUCGAUUCAAUUUUUCACCCCCUACUCGUUUGUACCACCAGUUAUGGGACACCCUGUGUAUCCAUUCAUAAAAAGGGCCAUGCCCGUACAUACCAAUAAAUAAAUAAAUCAUACCGAAUCAAUGAUUUCAAAUAAUUCUCUGUAAAAAUUUCAUCGCUUCUUCCGUAUCGAAUCAAGUCGCUGUUUUUUCUUCUUUUUUCUUUAUUUACUCGUUACGAAAGAGAGAGGUCGAUGCGCAUGUGGAGCAUCCUAGCCUGCGCGGGCUCCAUCGACCCUCAAACCAUUCCGUACUUUCCAGUACGCGUUUGGCGAUCCUACUGUGCCAGUUAAUCGAAAAAGGGAACGAUAAAAUCAACAUCGAUUGGCCAAUUAACCGGUGGCCCUUGCCGGACGAGACUGUUCGCGAUCGAUCGCAGAGAAAUGAAAAGAUGAAAAAACCCAGCGAAUCCCAUGUUCGAAGAAAGUAUUUCCGCCUGAGCAUCGAGCCUAGAACUGUUCUGCGAAUGAUCGUUGAAAAAUUGCGCUCCGUGACGAGUGUUUCGCGGAAAAAUCGAAAGUGAUUACCGUGACUAGGUGUUUAGAAAAAAGAAAUAAAAAAUAAAAAUCGAACUACGUUCUCGAUCGUUCGCGACAGAAAAAGGAAAGGGUUUCUCGAUGGUUCUUCGUGGUUUGCUGGCACCAGCGGCGGCGCGAUGGACACGAAAUAAAACAUUGAAAAGGGGUCAAGAGAAGCAGCAGGCAGCCGGUCAAUUAGGAUUAUCACGUUAUGGACCGCAGGUGAUGAGCGUGUUGUGUUUAUGCACCACGGUACAUCAGACCGGUCAGAGCAACAGGCAGGCUAGCAAGACACUUCCGAGCUCUCCGCCGCCGAUUCAAUCCGAGGAAGAGAGGAUAAACUCGUCGCAGGAAAUACCCACCGACGAGCUGGCUCUAUUAGCUAAGCUGGAGGAAGCCAAUAGGCUUAUCGAAUCGGAUGCAAAGUCGUUGAACUCGCUUCAUAGCAAUCACAGUAGGAAAGGUUCUGACACAUCUCAGGUGUCGGUGGCGUCGGGGGGCAGCGGUGGAAACGGUGAUGCUGCACCCCGACGCCACAACUCAGCCGAUGGCGAGGAGAAUACCUGGACCCUAUGGGGUCAUAUCGUCGCUGAUUGGGAUUAUCAUUGGAAGAAGAGGAAAGAAUUUGUCAAAGAAUUAGUACGUCAAGGAAUACCUCAUCAUUUCAGAGGUAUUGUUUGGCAACUAUUAAGCGGUGCUCACGACUCUCCUGUGAAAAAGCAGUUCGCUGAGUAUAUCAAAGCCACGUCCGCCUGCGAAAGGAUAAUCAGGAGGGAUAUAGCCAGAACGUAUCCUGAGCAUGAUUUCUUUAAGGAGAAAGACGGACUUGGUCAGGAGAGUUUGUUUAACGUUAUGAAAGCGUAUAGCCUUCACGAUCGUGAAGUGGGAUACUGUCAAGGUUCGGGAUUUAUUGUAGGAUUACUCCUUAUGCAGCAAAUGCCAGAGGAAGAAGCUUUCGCUGUACUGGUAGCGCUUAUGCAAGAGUAUCGUUUGCGAGACAUGUUCAAGCCGAGUAUGGCUGAAUUAGGGGUGUGCAUGUAUCAGCUAGAACAUUUAGUUGCUGACACGCAUCCCGAGUUACACGCUCAUUUCACGGCUCAAGGUUUUCACACGUCAAUGUACGCAUCGUCUUGGUUUCUUACGCUUUUUACCACGGCCCUCAGUCUACCGUUGGCCUGUCGCAUUUUUGACGUCUUUCUGUCCGAAGGCAUGGAAAUUAUUUUCAAAGUUGCGCUGGCCAUGUUGCAUUUAGGCAAGGAAGAUUUGUUAAGCUUGGACAUGGAGGGCAUGUUGAAGUUCUUCCAGAAACAACUACCUGGAAGAGCCGAAAAAGACCCCGAUGGCCUCAUGAAUCUUGCUUAUGGUAUGAAAAUAAAUCCGAAGAGAAUGAAGAAGUUGGAGAAAGAUUAUACCGUGUUGAAAAUGAAAGAGCAAGAGGAAAUGGUCGAGCUUCGUAGGCUCAGGGCAGAGAAUAGGUUACUUAGGCAAAGAACUGAACUUCUUGAAGCUGAAUCCGCGGAACUGGCGGACAGAUUGGUCAGGGGUCAAGUGUCGCGCGCCGAGGAGGAGGAAACUGCCUUUGUUGUACAAAGGGAAUUAGCGGCUCUUCGACAUACGCAUCUUGAGACGAGUCAUCAGCUCGAGCAGGCUCACGAGGAGCUGAGAUCGUUGUCGCUUCUGUUAGAGGAAAACGUGACGUCGAAGCAGUCGUCCUUAGAAGAGAUUCUAUCGAAGCAGGAAGCGUUGUCGCAGAAAGAGGAAAUGAUUCAGUGUUUGCAAGAGGAAUUAGUAAGGGUACGUUUGCACGAGGCGGAGAACGAUGCCACGAUAAGGGAGCUCAGAGCGAGAAUACAAGAAUUGGAGCAAGAUAAAAAGACAUUAAGAGAAUCGACACCGGAUAAUUCUGUUGCUCAUUUGCAAGAAGAAUUGAUUGCUGUGAAACUUAGAGAAGCCGAGGCUAAUCUUUCCUUGAAGGAUCUUCGGCAACGAGUAGUGGAAUUAAGUUCUGCCUGGCAAAGGCAUCUGCAAGAGCACCGUUCGGCUCAGAAUCAACCAGCGAGCGAUUCCACACCGAAGAAGCUAUUGUUUUGGGAGAACAGGGGUCACGAGGUUCAGAAGUUUGAAGAGGACUUAAUGACGACCCGGAUUCGAGAGAUGGAAGCUUUGACGGAGGUGAAGGAGCUUAGACUGAAAGUUAUGGAGCUUGAAACUCAAGUGCAGGUCGCCACGAAUCAGCUCCGUCGACAGGACGAAGGGGGAAAAUUGAUUAAAGAAGAAUUGGAGUCUGCCUUAGCUAGGGAAAAGGAACUUACUGCCAAAUUAAGGGAGCAACAGCACAAGUAUUCUGAUCUCGAGUCGAAGAUGAAGGACGAAGCUAUGAUGGCUAGGAUACGCGAUGCAGAGCACGCGCAGCAAGUGGCUGAACUCACCCAGAAAAUAUCUCUUCUUGAAUUAAAAAACGAAGAGAUGCACGCGGAAGGUGAGCUUAGGAAUAAUUUAGAUGACAGUGAGAGAGUUAGGGAACUGCAGGAUAAAGUUGCUGAAUUAAAAGCUGAGGUCAUGAGAUUAGAAAGCUGGAAACAACAUUGGACAGGUGGACACGGUGGUCAAAAUGUGAGAAGCUUUAGUGUUGAAACUGAAAGCGAGUUGGACGAUCGGGAUCUCCGAAUUUGUUUACAGGAUCAUAUCAAUGCGACUACGCAGAAUUCACCAGAGGUAUCUGUCUUUUUCCUGCAUGGGCGAGCACGACAAAACCUACGGAAGGAUUAUAAUGUAUUGUAUUCUACAAGGAUUAACUGACCUGAAAGGAUCGUUAUUUUCCAUUUUUUUUAAUACUUUUUAUUCUUUCGAUUAUUCGUUUGCGCCUCGGAACAAGGGGACUUGGCCACCUCCUUACGGCUAUUGAUAGCUCCCAAGCGAAACGGUACCCCACGGGAAAGGUAUAAUCCCGCAUAUAAACUUAACAAUCUCCGAA